AUGCAGGUGGCUCCACAAGAGGCCCUUAGAGCCGACGCCAAAGCCACAUUUGCAGACGAGUCCUCGCGCUCCGACACCCUGCAGCUUCUACACGAAACAGACCCGCCGACCGCAAACACGGAACAUAUUGGCAACAGCGAUGACAAUUCCGAAAAGAAAACCCCGCGUUCAAGCCGUGAUCUUGGCCACUCCAAUGCGCUAUCCAGCGAGUUCGCCGCCCAUCUGUACGCUGCACAGCAGUGCAACGCAUCUUUAAAACGCUGGGAAGACGACCAUAACCGAACCGUCAACGAGCUUCAAUGCCACAUCGACGAGCUGACAGAAGAAAACGAGGACCUCCAACACCAACUAGACGACGCUCACCGUCUGCCAAGCCUGCUGGAGGAAAACUUUAGAUCAGAUCUCCAAAGGUCUAAUAAAAAGCUAGAGGAGAUGAGGCAAAAGGCAGAUAUCAUGCGGAGGGUGCUGAAGAUUCCCGAGGAGAAGGGGGUGACGCGCGGCGAGGCUCUAGACGAGUGCCUUUGGGUUUUUGCGAAGCAGGAGAGGAGGGAAAAAAGAAGGCGUCGUUACCAAAGGAGGAAUGCUCGUGUCUUGCAAAAAGAGAACAUGCGGCUGCGGCUUACGAGCCGUGCGUUGCAGCAGAGCUUAGAGUGGUCAGAACAUUACAGGGAGGCGACGCAAGAAAAAUAUGGUCAGCUGCGGGCCGCAAAUAAUGCCUUGCAAGUCAAGUUCGCUCGGGAGCGCACAGAGAACACUGCACUGCGGGAGCAAUUGCAGAAGUCGAGAGAUCAGACGGGUGAAGUGCGGGAUCUGAGCCGGAAGCUUGCGCAGUUGCUGGGGCAGGUGGAUGGUGAUGGUACUUGA